UUUAUUUCAUCAAUUUUUUAUUUCACAAUGCACUUUCUCCAGAUGUACACACAGUAUUUAUAUGGUUAUAUUGCAUCUGUAUUUGAUCAUAUAAAUAUUUAUGUCUGCUCUGUACAUGUGCGCAGAAAUAUAUCAAAAUGUUAAAUACUCACUGGCUUCAAUUCCUGUUUCCCUGUUUCAGCUAUGAAGGCUGUUUCUUUGCUGAAAUGUUACUGAAACAGCAUGUAAAAUCAUGAUUUUUAUAUCAUCAUAAUAUCUUGAAAUAAGCCAAAAAUGUAUAUAACUACAGUGAAAAUCCAUCCUACAGUACAUUCUGUUCAACUGCUGCAAUAAAACCUGCUGAAAACUGUUCAUCAGAUUGUGUUUGCAUGGUCAGAAAACAUUGAGCAAAAAGCAUACACUCAUAUGUGCUGGGUGAACACUUUGUUCUGUCUCCACCCUGCGAUCUGACACGGUCACAUCUGUCAUUCCUGGAUCUCCUCUUGGCCUGCGUCUCUGUCAGCUGAAUGAGCUUUGGAAACUUAAAAACGUCACUGCAUGCAAAACCAGCAGGUCGAGUGAGAGAGGGAUGUUGCUCAGUGAAAGGCGAAAGCUUUCUAUCGCAGAACCCCGACUGGUUGAAAACACAAGAGCAUGCCGGGCUCAUGGAGCAGAUUCAUCAUCUGUGCUCCACACUGGACUCAAAGAUGGACAUGACAGAUGGUAACCACAUGGAGGGAAUGAAGAUGAAGACAGGGAACAAGCAAACUACGGAUAAUGACUUUUCUGCUGGACUAUCAGAUGAGGCGCACCAACAUCUGACAAUCAAUGAAGGGUCUUCCAGCAGGAGCAUCAGAGAGAGGUCCAGGCCCAGACUUCAGUCGACAAGAAGUUUCCCCCCUUACAGUCAGUGUAUAGGUGGACUCGGAGAGGAUGGAGAGUUGGACAACGUCCUCAACUCAGAGCUGAGCAUCACUCACCAUCCCCCUUUCAGACACGACGGCAUGACGAACCAAGAUGGGAAUGAGUUGGAGCACGGCACAGAGAGAAAAGAAUACUUGUUGAACAUGAGGUGUGCUAGGGAUGAAGUGAAGGCAAAAUGGAGGACGAGGAGGAGGCAGAGGUUAGGAGGGAGCUACGAAGUCGUGCCAGAUCGAUGGGAGAGCACACGGCCAAAUGGGAGAAGGAGGGUAGAAGAUGACAAGGAAAGAGGAGAGGGCACAAACAGUGAAUGGAAAUACUACAGGGGUACAAGCGCAAGUUUGGAGAUGGAGAACAAAAAAGAAGAGGAUGAAGAGAUGGAGAGAGCUCCCUUUUCAGGAGGAGAGGGAAAGAACGAGGAGCGUGUGGAGACCCCAGAGGACAGAGAGGCCGAGGAGCUGAAAGCGAGCCCCACAGCACAUCAGUGGUCCUCACCACAUCCAAUCCUCUCCAGGCUGUUGCACUCCUCCACCUCCUCCUCCUGCUCCUCCAUCAGCCUCUCCUCAGCAGAGAGUGAUGAAGUCUUCAGUGAAGGAGAGGAUGCUGGUUCAAAGAGGAGGACACUGAGGAAGUGCCGCUCCUGGAAAACCUACCUGACCAUGAUGCACUGGUCGCUGCAGCGGCAGAGCUCCUGGGUCCAGCUGGCUGGACAUCAAGGCACGUGUCCUGCAGUUCAUCCACCUACUACUGUGAUCAAGUCUGCACAUGAAUCUAACCACUAAAAUGAGAUAGUUCACAUUGCCCUCUAUGUCACUGUUGCUGUGUUAUAAUAUUUUAUCUCAAGAUCCUCAGGUUUUUUUAAGAACUAAGAAAAUGUGCGUUCUAGUUACACCGUCAAAAAGUUUGAACUUAUUCACAAAAGAAUCACACCAUCCACCGUCAGCAUUUAUGCCUUGUUGAACACAUCGACAAUCAAUCAGCCCUUGUCCCUUGCUUGGUGUUGUUGCUGUC